AUGAUAAAGAUUCAAAGGAAUUUGGGGAAGAGCAAAUGUAGGGGUAGUAGGGGUAGAGAGGAGACAGCUGAUUUUACAAAAGUGUACAAAAAGUUAAAGGGCAGGAGAUAUUUGAUUGUAAUGGAUGAUGUUUGGAGCUCAAAGAUUUGGGAUGAUGUGAGGAACAUAUUACCGGAUGAUAAUAAUGGAAGUCGAAUCGUGUUAACCACAAGGUUACCGGAUGUAGCUGUUUAUCCGGACUCCACUUGUGCUCCUCAUGAGAUGAGGUUCAUGAACGGUUCUGAAAGUUGGGAUUUGCUUAAGGGAAGGGUGUUUGCAAACAGCGAUUGUCCACCUGAAUUGGAAGAUGUUGGGAAAAAGAUUGCGAGAAGUUGUGGGGGACUACCCCUUGCUGUUGUCUUGGUUGCUGGAAUCUUAGUUCUAGCGAGUUAG